AUGGCUAAGCGUCGCGGGUUGCCUGGUUGGGGAGUUCUGAAAUGGACUCAGCAUAUUUUUUCGGCGUGCGCUUGGGCAUGCGCGCUGUUUGUUGCCGUCGGCGUCGACGCUCAUGCUGAUGUUGACACCUCUACUGGCUUAGGUGACAACACUCUCACCAAUUCAGUUGUGGAGGAGCCGGAAUUUACUGAUGUUAUCCAAAACGUGACAGUGCCUGCAGGGCGCAGCGUCCGCCUUGCGUGUUCCGUGAAGAACCUCGGAUCUUACAAGGUGGCGUGGAUGCAUUUCGAGCAAUCGGCCAUCUUGACAGUGCAUAACCACGUGAUUACACGCAAUCCGCGCGUAAGUGUAACGCACGACAAACACCGCACUUGGUUCCUGCAUAUAUCAGACGUACGCGAAGAAGACCGGGGACGUUACAUGUGCCAGAUAAAUACCGUUACUGCUAAAACACAAUUCGGUUACUUGCAUGUUGUUGUGCCUCCGUCAAUUGACGACUCGUUGAGUUCAAGCGACGUUAUAGUCCGAGAGGGCGCCAACGUCACUCUAACGUGCCGUGCUAAUGGCUCUCCUAAGCCUACCAUCAAAUGGAAACGAGAUGACAAUUCAAAAAUCUCCAUCAGUAAAGGACACUCAGUAUCUGAAUGGGAAGGCGAAGUAUUAGAAAUGGAAAGAAUUUCGAGAUUGGAUAUGGGAGCUUAUUUAUGCAUCGCUAGCAAUGGUGUGCCACCUACUGUGUCAAAGAGAGUCAAAGUUAGUGUAGACUUUCCUCCUAUGCUGUGGAUACCGCAUCAACUCGUCGGCGCCCCACUGUACUACAACGUUACAUUAGAGUGUUUCACUGAAGCUCACCCAACUUCUUUAAAUUAUUGGACACGAGACGACGGCCAUAUGAUUCAUGAAAGUGCUAAGUACCACAUGGACAACAUGGUUGGAGUUCCUGCUUACAAGACUCAUAUGAAGUUAUUAAUCAGACAUAUUGUGACCGAAGACUAUGGAACAUACAAAUGCGUAGCUAAAAACCCACGGGGUGAAUCAGAUGGAACUAUAAGAUUAUAUACGUCUUCGCCACCAACAACAACUCCAGAUCCCAGAGCUAUAACGAUUCCACCUCCAUCAAAACCACCGCGUCGUGAUACACCGUUCGCCGAUAAAGGAACGAAGUAUCAAUCGAACUUGAACGAGAUCGAUAAGGGGAAGCAAAAGUCUGACGAGGGUGGCGGGAAGACGCAUCUUAACUGGGUGGGUGGUGCAUCACAGGUCACAGAUGAUGCAGAUUGGAGAAGAAGCCAUCCAUUUAUUUUAGUUGUAGUGUAUGCAUCUCAAAUUUUUAUAAAAUUAUUUUAA